AUGGUCCGGGACGACGAUGGCGGCGGCGUGCGCGGCGACUACUUCGCCACGCAGCGCGCGCUGCUCCACUGUGCCCAGCACGGCACGGGUCUGUGCUCGCUCUGCGACGUCAGCGUGCUCGCCGCCACCGCGCCCGCCCACGAGCGCGCCCCGCUCUGCGAGACAUGCCACGCCGUGCCCGCGCGCUGCGCCGACCACCAGGCCUCCCUCGGCACACCGUGCGCGCGCCCCGCAUGGUGCAACGCCGAGCGCCACGCCAGGCGCCCGACGGGCUCGUACACCGGGUUCCCGGACCCCGCGAACCUCGCGCGUACCGUCUACAUUGACGCCCCACCCGAGCUGACGCCGCUGCCGCCCACACCGGCGCUCCAGGAGCCUCCGGACACGUGGGUCAACGUUGAACUGCAGGAAGCAGAUUUGCCUGGCAGCAGCAGCAGACCUUGCGACGAACAAGACAUUAUGAUGAACGAGGCAAGUACCUAUAUAGUGGUUACAUACGGCUUUGUUAUAACAUCGUGA